AGACCUGGACAGAGUUACAACGUGCAUAUUUUAGCUGUGAUAAUUGGCUUAUUGUUUUUUUUUUUAGUUCUUUUUACUCACGGUAAUAUUGUAAAAUAAGCUUCAUACAGUUAAAUGUAUGAAAUGCUGCCAUGGCUAGUCGUAAAAUUGAGAAACUCGACGAAGAUGAACAAAAUAAAAUUAUAUUAAAACUGCGUCAGCAACAAGCUAGCAACAAUUGCAAACAGCCUGCGCAGGACCGUCUGAAGCGUCUGCAGACCAGUUUGAUUAAAAAAAACGAAAGACAUGUUGUUGUUGCAAAGCGUAGUCAGCGCGGCAGCGGAUCAGCAGGAAACUCAACGCAGCCAGCGCUGCGCAAAACAAAAACAAGAACAUCACAAACUUUUGCUGCUGGUACAAGUAACAAAAAAAAGACUACGAAAAAUCCUUGGGCUAAGCCCUCAGCUCUCUUGGAUGCAAGCAAUCGUCAGCCAAGAGAACGUGGAACGGCAAAUUCACGCUUAAAGCAAUUGCGCGAGUCGUUACAAAUACAACGGCAAAUGUUUGCCAGCAGCAGCAGCAGCAACAACAAAAACAACAACAACAACCAAUGCAAGAAUAAUAAUUGCACUGAAGUCAAGGAGUCUGAUGCUGAUGACCCAAUGGACGUAGACAUGGAUGACUAUAAACCAGUUGAAAGCAGCUACACUACAACAUCAAAGCCAGCAGCAAAGCUGGAGGCACCAAUUGAGCUGCUGAAUACAGAGCAAACACUGCCUGGACGUCGCCUGGAUCACAUGUACUUCGUCCUGGAUACCAAUGUGCUCAUAGAUGAGCUGCUAUUCGUCGAGGAUCUUUGCAAACUGGCGCUAUGCGGCACCAAGGGCAGCAUGCUCUAUGUGCCUUAUAUAGUGAUAAAGGAGCUAGAUGGACUGAAGCAUAAUCGUGCGAAUGAUGCGCUCAAGAGUAAGCUGGCCCAGCGAGCUAUACGCUAUUUGAACAACAAGUUUGAUGAUAGCCUCAAAAUACAAGCACAAUCUUCCGUGGAGGAAUCGGAGCACUUGAUUGAUGUGGACUGUCCCGAUGAUAGCAUCGUCAACUGUUGUCUGCAGCUCAAGGCGCAAGUGCCGCAUCUAAUGCUGCUCACCAACGAUGACAAUCUGCGGCUCAAGGCAAAUGCUUCCAACAUACAAGUGUCCUGCCGUUCCGAUUUGAAGGUCGAGCAUCAGGAGCAAUUUGCAGCAUUAUCCUCCUAGCAUCAGCACUGGGACUGUGAUAGACGCAGAACAAAGAGAGAAAGCAAGAGUGAGGAAGAGGGAGAUGGUGAUGAAGAGAUAGAGCGGAAGAGAAGAAGAAGAUAACAAAGCAAACCAUUGCACCGCUGACAACUUGAAGUACAAUUCGCAUCUAUUCAUUAAAACUUUAUAUACACAAAUUUUUUGUAUCAUAAACUAAAUGUAGUGUUUAUUCCACAAAUGUAUAUACACAAAUAUAUCUAGCAUCUAGCUAUAGUUUACAUAUAUAGUAUGUAACUGUAACUGUAACAUCAUAAUAAACGUUGACUGAAUUAUAAGCAAUGAAGUUUUAUA